AUGGCAACACCGGUCCAAGAGGACAUUCCUCUGCCGGUUGAACGAGCACUCGCGAAUAACGUAGCGGCUGCAGGAGACCCUGCUGACGGCUCACCUCUCGAGAAACGCCUUCCGCCAGUCCCGAGCGCUACCAUCGUUAAUGGAUCGUAUUCCGACCCCGUUCUUUCGACGACCAAGAGCAAACUUGGAGAUGGCGAUGCGAAGGAUUACCUGAAUGGAGGCGUGCCUCAUAACACGCUGUCCCCGUUGGGUCAGAACGAGUCGAUCGCGACACAUCAAUAUAGGCACGUGCCUGAUGUCACAAGCACUACAAAGCUUGAGAAUGGGACUGCCGACGGCGAAGAGGAGGGAAACAUUGAUGCCGCUGACCGACCACCGAUGGCAGGGCGACGGAGCGUACAAUUUGCAAGGGACGACGUUGUGCUUGACCCACCACAAUUUCAGCACUCGAGACACGGAUCAUGGGAUGCCAGCGAGGGGAAAUCCCGGGGCUCAUCCUUCAUGUCCCGCUUGAAAGCACUCGCUGCUCAGGGAGGACUGCCCACUCCCAAAUCGCCCAGUGUUCCUGCCGGAAUUCCAGAAUCGGGUGCUCAGUCUGCGGCCAGCUCGCCAACGACGGCACGCAUGGGUCGACUCCCACAGACGCUCAACGAAGAGGGGAGUGACAUCGACGCCGAUGCAGAAGAGACAGCAGACGAGGGGCAGACAGAUGCUUCGUCAAAAGCUAAGAAGAAGCGACGACGUAUGAGGCGACCGAAGUUCGUUUCCGAAUCUACACCAAACACACCAAGAUUGGGAGGUGAGACGGAUUCCCCCGUUGUUAACCGACGCUUCCCUGUGAUGCGAAGGCGAGCAACCAUGCCAGAUGCGACAGAUAUUCGCGAUGUCAUGUCCGAAGGUGAGGGUCGUGACCAACUCGCUGUUCCAGACAGUGUCUGGACCAGAGGCAGCUCCUUCCUCAUGGGAAGAGGUGAAGAUGGUGACGAAGCUGCCGAGAGUCCGUCUGGGAGAAGAUAUGGCCAUCUUCGACGUAUCAGCGUAUUUGGAGGAGGAGGUGCCUCCGACGGUGAUGCAAUGACACCAAGAAGACCCAUCUUCAACAGCGAACGGGCUUCUACAUUUGGUAUCCAGAAGUGGAGACAAGUAAAGAGUACACUGAAGCUCCUGCGGCAGAAGGAGGACAGACGCUUCGACUACUUCAAGUCUGCCGAGCUCAUGGCAGAGCUACGAGCAGGAGCCCCAGCAGUGCUUAUGUUAGCGAGCAUGAUUCAGCGGGACGAACAUGGGAACAAGAGGAUCCCUGUCUUGCUUGAACAAGUUAGACUCCAUAUUCGGGACAGUUCUCCAAGUCCUGAUGAUGACAGUGAGAGACAUUGGCUGUUUACUAUCGACUUAGAGUACGGAAGCGGCCCAAGUAGAAUGAGAUGGACUGUGAAGCGGACAAUCCGCGAAAUUCUCAAUUUACACUGGAAGUACAAGCUCGCCCUCAGCAACGAAAAGUAUUUACACAACCGUCCAGAACUCGGCACUAGACCCAAGCAACCUCGUUUCCCGCUCUCUGCUUUCCCCUACCUCCGCGGCGUUCGUGGCCUCGAUGACAGCGAUGAGGAGGAUCUUGCUAGUGUUCGCGGUGAUGAUACAGCGGAAGGGACUGCUGGCGAAGGCACUGCAGCAGAAGUAACAGAUGGAGAGCGUCGACCGCAGAACAAGAAGAAGAAGUCGCGCAUGAACAUACUUGCACCGCGUAGAAAGACAUCCGCCAUCGGCGAAACCGGCUCGAAUUUAGAGAACCAGGCCCAAGCUGCACUGGAUGCCAUUGCUCAACGACGAAAAUAUGUCGAGCGACAGCAAAGAAUGCUAGAGAAGUACCUUCAAGAGAUGGUACGGUGGCUCAUGUUUAGAGCUGAUAGCAACCGUCUUUGUCGGUUCCUAGAGUUAUCUGCUCUUGGCGUGCGACUCGCCGCGGAGGGUGGCUAUCAUGGCAAAGAAUGCUACCUUCACAUCCAGUCAUCUAAAGGUUUAGAUUUCAGACGAGUCCUGACCCCCGCAAAGGUCAUCGCCAGACAUACACGAAAAUGGUUCCUCGUCCGCCAAAGCUAUAUUGCCUGCGUUGAGUCGCCAGAGAACAUCGACAUCUAUGAUGUCUACCUUGUUGAUGCCAAGUUCAAGAUUAUAUCUAAGAAAAAUAAAUUGAAGCAAAUCGGCACCGGCAAAGCAAACGAGUCAAGAGAAAUUGACCUCACGGCUAAUUCUCUUCAAGACAAUCAUCAUACUAUCACGAUUCUUACAUCCGAGCGCAAAGUCAAACUCUGGGGUCGGAACCAGCAUCUAAUCAGGCAGUUCGAGGAGUCAAUCACCGAGAUGUUGAAACGUACUCCUUGGCAUCAAAGAAACCGAUUCGGUAGUUUUGCGCCAGUCAGGACAGGAGUUCAUGCUCAGUGGCUAGUUGACGGUCGUGACUACAUGUGGAAUGUAUCUCGAGCUAUUGCUAUGGCCAAGGACGUCAUAUACAUCCACGAUUGGUGGCUAAGCCCAGAGCUGUAUAUGAGACGUCCAGCAUGCAUUAGUCAAAAAUGGAGACUAGACAGACUCCUCCAGCGCAAGGCAAGAGAAGGAGUCAAAAUCUUCGUCAUCGUGUACAGAAAUGUCGAGGCUGCCAUUCCCAUCGACUCCGAGUACACAAAAUACUCUUUGUUGAAUCUACAUCCGAAUAUUUUCGUGCAGAGAUCUCCGAACCAGUUCAAGAAGAACCAGUUCUUCUUUGCACAUCAUGAGAAGGUCUGCAUUGUGGAUCAUCAUAUUGCCUUCGUUGGCGGCAUUGACCUCUGCUUUGGACGAUGGGACAAUCCUCAGCACCCUAUCGCUGAUGACAAGCCAACUGGCUUUGAGCCCUUGGAGAUGCAGGAUGUUCCGAAGGACGCUGAACAUUGCCAACUAUUCCCUGGAAAGGAUUACUCUAACCCCAGAGUUCAAGACUUCUUCAGGCUUAACGAGCCAUACGAAGAGAUGUACGAUCGAAGCAAGACUCCCCGAAUGCCUUGGCAUGAUAUCUCGAUGCAAGUUGUUGGUCAACCUGCUCGGGAUCUCACCCGUCAUUUCGUUCAACGAUGGAAUUAUGUCCGUCGUGGUCGGAGACCUACACGCCCAUUGCCUUUCCUUCUUCCGCCUCCCGACUUUAGGAAGGAAGAUGUCGAAGCUCUUGGCUUGUCAGGCACUUGCGAAGUGCAGAUCCUGAGAUCUGCAUCCACCUGGUCCCUCGGUAUCGAAGAUACAGAAGCAAGUAUCCAGGCUGCGUACGUGAAAAUGAUCGAAGAGUCUGAACAUUUCGUUUACAUGGAGAACCAAUUUUUCAUCACGAGCACGGAGACACUGAAUGCCAGAAUUGUCAACCGCAUUGGUGAUGCAUUGGUGGAGCGUAUUAUCCGCGCCCAUGAAAACGAUGAGGAUUGGAGAUGCGUUGUUAUCAUCCCGCUUAUGCCUGGAUUCCAAAACUCUGUCGCCGAGCAGGAUGGCACCAGUGUGCGACUGAUCCUACAAUGCCAAUUCAGGAGCAUCUGUCGUGGCGAAACGUCCAUAUUUGGUCGCUUGCGUGCUGCCGGGAUCGAGCCAGAGGAUUAUAUCCAAUUCUUCAGCCUGCGUCAAUGGGGAAAGAUUGGUGCUAAUGAUGUUAUUACGACUGAACAACUCUACAUCCACGCCAAGACCAUCAUUGUGGAUGAUAGAGUUGCUUUGAUCGGUUCCGCCAACAUCAAUGAGCGGUCCAUGCUCGGAAAUCGUGAUUCGGAAUGUGCAGCAAUUGUGCGCGACACCGAUUUGCUCUGGUCCACCAUGGCUGGACAGCCAUACAGAGUCGGCCGCUUCGCUCAUACUCUCCGUUUGCGCUUGAUGCGAGAGCACCUUGGUCUUCCAGUAGAUGACAUUCUUGAAGAAGAGAGACAAGCAGAUCUUGAUCGUGAAGAAGCGGACUUCGAAGCUGAGAUGAGCCAGAUCUAUGGUGAUGAAUCUGACGAGGAGCCACUUGCUGAGAGCUCGAAACAAGGCGCAGGCAACCUUGAUGUCGAUUCCGGCGCCCGUCCCCAUGGACGGGGCCAUAGUUUCAAUUAUGAUGUGGAUCUCGAAGAGCAUCAUAACGUGGAGUCCUCGAGCAGCUCUAGCUCGUCUAAGGCAAAGUCAACCGAUUCGAACGUGGAGCGAGUGAUCAGCAACCCCCAGCAUAAGCAGGAGGUCGAAGGCUAUGGUACCGAUCGUUGGAAAUCUGCUCAGCAAAAAGGACUCGACCAGGGAAGGGAUUCUGUCAUUGUCCACGGUCGUGAGGUUCUCAUCCACGACAUCUCUGCGGAAGGCAGAGGCACCCUUGAUAAGCCAAAGGUUGCGCAUGAGCUUCAACCAUCAACCGAGUCAAUUGCUCAUGACACUGGAGAAAACAAGAUGCCUCCUAUGCCUCCUAUGAACAGGCGUACAACUGAUCAACUUGGGCUACCCCGAGCCAAUCAACUUCCAAAUUUGCCUCUUAUGGAUGACACUGACAUCGGAGGACCGCCAUUGCACUUUGAUGCAAAUGGCAACCCGUGUGCCCCACCAGCCGUCCACCCUCUUGCAGCUGAUAUCAAGAUGGCGGAGUUCAACAAGGACUCUAUGCGCGAUCCACUAAACCCCAAUUUCUACGACGACGUUUGGUAUAGAGUUGCGGAGAACAACACCAAGAUUUUCCGUCGUGUGUUCCGGUGCAUGCCCGAUAACGAAGUCACGAAUUGGCACGAAUACACAGAUUACGUCUCAUAUCAAAUACGAUUCCGCGAGAACCAGGAAGGCAAAGGGGCAACCAAAAGCGAAGAGCCGGAGCGCAAGUCGGAGUGCCACCCUUCAAGACAAGCCACAUCAGGAGGUGCUGGUAUUGGUGCACCUGGCCCUACGGUGGUAGCCAAGACUUUGACUGAGAAGCUAACGGGACUGGUAACGAAAGACGAAGGCAAUAUCGGCGAGCCAAGAGUCCCCGCGACGGAUGAUAUUAUAAGCGAAAAGAAUGCUCAGGGAGCUUCAACUCCGCGCUCACAUGCCCGACAAGACUCGAGGCUGGACAUUGAGAAGGCCGCUGCAGCUCAGCGUGCGAUGAAUACUCCUACUUUAGCUAGUCCCGUUACGAGCCCUACUUUGGAAGGAGAUGACUUGUUCCCUCCAGCAGCAAAUGGCACUGAAGCACAGAAGACUUCGACAAAUUUGACACCGCCCGAGCCAGAAAAGAAGGAGAGGCGUACCACAUUUACCAACCAAGAAAAGCCCUCUUUGAAUUUGAACGGUGCCGCACCAGCUCAGGCUGCUGUCGGCUCAGUCAAGCGUCGCAGACGCGCAACAACCAGAGGAAGUCGGCGAGGCUUUGUAAGCACGGAGGACCUCUUGCCCAAGGCAGAGGCUGAGGGUCUCCUCAACAUGACCCAAGGUACUUUGGUGCAGUUUCCCUACGACUGGCUCAUCACGGAGGAGAACAAUGGCAACUGGCUCUACCAGGUGGACCAAGUGGCACCUCUACAAAUCUAG